UGGGAGGAGGGGGUACCUGGGAGGGGCAUCGGGAGUUGCCAGAAACAGCCUCCCCUAGCCCAGCACGGACCACAGACAGGGGAGCCUCCCGGACUUUGGCACUGCAGACGGAUGGACAGACAGAUGGACAACAGCCGGAGGCUUGGCCUGGCCACGGGGCUCUCUGCAGGACAGUGCCAACUGCUCAUGUCGCUGUUGCUGCUACUGACCCGUGUCCAGCCUGGGACGGGCGUGGAGCGCAUCCACUACCUGCCCCAGCUCUCAAAGGACACCCUGGCGGGGAGGCUCACCCAGUCCACCUUCACACUGGAGCAGCCUCUGGGCCAGUUCGACGGCCACAACAUCUCGGACGUGGAUACCAUCUGGCUGGUGGUGGCCCUCAGCAACGCCACCCAGAGCUUCACCGCCCCACAGACAAACCAGGACAUCCCUGCUCCUGCCAGCUUCUCCCAGACGGGCUACUAUCUCACGAUGAGGGCCAGCCGGGCACUGUACCAGCGCGGCCAGGCCAGCAGCCAGCUCCGUGUCCUCCGUGUCGGCAAUGAUACCCACUGCCAGCCGACAAAACCAGGCUGCAACCAUCCGCUGCCCGGCCCGGGCCCCUACAGGGUGAAGUUCCUGGUGAUGAAUGACAAAGGACCCGUGGCGGAGACCGAGUGGUCCAACGACACCCGCCUGCAGCAAGCCCAGGAACUCCGCGCUGUCGGCGGCCCCCAGAGCCCGGGCACGGUGGUCAUCAUCGCCAUCCUGUCUGUCCUCCUGGCACUCCUCCUCACGGCCCUCCUGGCCGUGCUCAUCUACACCUGCUUCAACAGCUGCAGGAGCACGUCCCUCUCAGGCCCAGAGAAGACAGAGAGUGUGAGAACAUACACCACACACCUCACGUUCAGCGCUCCGGCCGAGGGGUCUUCCUGAGGGGUUCCAGGGCAGCCCAUGUGCCCCUCCGCCUCCUCCCUGGCCCAGGCUGCAGAGCCUGGGCUGGGACAGGCCCUGAAGCUUCUGGAACCUGAGAGAGAUUAAUUCUAGAUGAGGGUCAGGGAUGGUUAUCCUAAGCCCAAAGCUUGCCCCAGUCUCUAUCAGAAAUAAAUGUCCCC